GAUGAUAAGAUAGAAUGCUGGUCUGCUGGCCUGGUCUAUAAAUAAUUGUAGCUUAAGCCUAAUAGUGACUAUAAAAUGCGUUUAGCCAGCGUCAAAUGCUUUCAGUUAGUUGAGCGAAAUGUUGAGGAUGAGCAGCUUGCAGUUUGUUGUGGCAAUAGGUUUGCUGUUGGCUUUGGCCUGGAGUGGUGAAGCGGCGCCUGGUGGUGCUGCUAGUGCUGCUGGUGAGAUUGAUGGACGCGUGGUGGGCGGCGUGGAUGCGAAGAAGGCACAAUUUCCGCAUCAGGUGUCCUUGAGGAAUCGCGGCUCACACAGCUGCGGGGCGUCGAUUAUUUCACGCAACUGGCUGCUGACGGCGGCGCACUGCGUCACCUACGACGAUGCGGACAAGCAGCUGCAGGUGUAUCCAGCCAGCCAGAUGAGCAUUCGCGCCGGCAGCAACGAUCGCCUGAGCGGCGGCAUUAUCAAGCAAGUGGCCGAGAUUGUGGUGCAUGAGGACUAUGGGGACUUCCUCAAUGAUGUCGCGCUGCUGCGCGUCGCCACGCCCUUCAUCUUCUCCAGCGACAUCCAGCCCAUUGCUCUGCCCAGUGACAAUACGCCAGCGGAUGCGGACAUCAUCAUCUCGGGCUGGGGUCGUCUCUGGCAGGCAGGCGACCUGCCACGCUACAUGCAAUGGAAUACUCUGCGCUCGCUCUCGCUGCCCGCUUGCCAGGAGGCCAUCAAAUACGGCUAUGAGAACAUGCUCUGCCUCAGCCAUGAGGCCGACAAUGGCGCCUGCAAUGGCGACUCUGGCGGUCCAGCCCACUACAAGAACGAGCUGGUCGGCGUCGCUGGCUUUGUCUAUGGCGGCUGUGGCACCAAAAAUCCCGAUGGCUAUGCACGCGUCUUCUACUUCAAGGACUGGAUCAAAAAACACACAGAUCUUUAAAUUUAUUUUUUUCAAAAUUCAAUUCAAGUUGGUGUUACCAAUAAAACCGUUUCGAUGUGAAUUAUCAGUUCUAAUUUUUUUUUUUAAACACUAG